UAGUAACGCGGCGCGCACGAAUCGACCCUAAUAUAAUUGAUUCUCAAAACCUUUAUUUGCAGCGUUCCGAAUUGCUCGUAGCGUUUAAUUAGCCCGCGAACUAACGUGCAGUCUGCAAUGUCAUCUUGUAUCAUUUCCGAAUGCCGCACUCGCGCCUUUUACUCGCACAUCCCCCCGAUAUUAUAAAAGAGGCGUUAAUUUGCCGCGCGCCCGCAGUCCGAAUCGCGCUACCGAGCGAGCUCCACGCUUGUUAUGCGAUAGAGUUUUACGCGGCUCACACAUGGAGGGCACAUCUCCCUCCAGUCCGCGUCCCAACGAGGACGAGGGGUUCGCCACCGACCGCCGCCCCUCCACAGACGACCACGCCGACUCUUCGGACUCGGCGUCUGAUGCCGGCUCCGGCGGCGGCAAGGAUUCAGGCUGCGAAGUUGCAACCGAAACCCAGGAACCGCCCUAUACGCCACCGGACGAGGAAUUAGCGAACAGAAUUGUGUCACAAGUCGAGUUUUACUUCUCGGACGCGAAUAUUACGAAAGAUGCGUUUUUGCUCAAACACGUCAGAAGGAAUAAGGAAGGUUACGUCUCUCUCAAGCUGAUCUCAAGCUUCAAGCGCGUCAAGCACCUCACGAAAGACUGGCGGGUGGUCGCUGAAGCCUUGAAGCGCUCGACUAAGUUGGAGAUCAAUGAAUUAGGAACGAAAUUGCGCAGGAUAGACCCGCUCCCGGCUUACGAUGAAACCACCCCCUCCAGGACUGUGGUGGCUGUCAGAAUGCCUGUAGAAAAGCCGUCCGUCGAGAACGUAUCCCGUUUGUUUGCUGGUUGCGGCGAGAUCGCUCUAGUUCGAGUUCUGAGACCGGGGAAUCCGGUGCCGGCUGACGUGCGCCAGUUCCUGAACAAAAAUCCUAGUUUAGUAAACUGUGUGUGUGCUUUAGUUGAGUUCACGGAGUCCGAGUCGGCCAGGGAAGCGCUCCGGCUGCAGGCUCCGGGAGACGAAGGUAUGCGAGUGUAUGAAUUAAAUGGAGUGCCCCGGGAACCGAAGAGGAAAGCUCCUAUACGACGACCCUCCGCGAUACCGCAGCGCCGCCACGAGUGCGAAUAUUCGUCGUGCUGUAGCGGGUCAGAAGCCGAAUAUGACUACAGAUACGGAGCCCCGUUCUACAGAAGGAACUCUAGUGGCUUCUUCGCUCCCCGGUCACCUGAGAUCCAGACGUGGGUGCCGCGGCGGCCGUCCACUUGCAGUCACAGCUCGGAUUCGGGCGUUUCGUUCUAUUGCAACUCUCGGAGGGCAUCGCAGGCGAGUACGGGCAGCACCAGCAGCGCUGAGGGUUGGCUUGCGCGUCGGUUGUCGGGCUGCUCACUGACAGGGACCGAGUGUGGCGGCCGGAGGUUGUCGUGUACGCCGCGCUUUGAGCCCCGGACGCCCGUAGUGCCCGACGGGACGAGGGGCUUCCACGCCGCCGCCCGCCAACGUAGAAUCUCGGACCUCGCUCUGUACUCGCGCUAGAAAGCGGCCGCCAACCGUGACACCUUUCUAAUGACGUUGGAUAACUGCCUUUCACGUUGUGCCCGCGCGGUUUUUUUAAUCUAUUUUUUUAGGAGGAAGUGUAGCACGCGUUCCGCCGCGUGGAUCCGCGUACCGAACUGAAUCGCGGCUUACCGUCUGCUCGUGUGAUCGUAAGCUCAUCUAGUUUUACAUAAAUUGCUGUGUUAAUUGUUAAUUUAUAAUCGUUUGUAAUUUAUUAGAUUUUAUUUAUUUACGUUCGCGUAUUUAUUGCGAGUAACGCGUCGCCGUUUUGUUUUCGACUGAGUUACGUCAGAGUUGUGGGCACAAAACGUUUAUAAUGCAAAAUCGACUGUCUCAAUGAAGAUCGAGUCAUCAGCCGACAACAGCGGUACGGCCAGCGGCGAGCUUGCGUAAUCGAUACAAACAUAUUUUAUUUCCUGUAAUGGCGACCGUAAUUCCGCUGCAUCGGCAAUUAUUACGAGCGACGCGUUUUUUUUUUAUUACUAACUCUUUUUCAUUUUUUGUAUAUCAAUGUAAUUAAGUCAAUUAAUUUAAGUCAGUCGCCAUUUCAUGUACUUAAGUUUUAAGUUAAAUUUCGUGAUGUUGUACGCAGCUCGCCCGGGUUGCGUCAUUUAUUUAUAAGUAACUUUCAUUAAAAUGUAUUUUAUUUUCUUAUUUAUUCCUCUUUGUAAAUAGCAGAGAAGGUUGUUACGUAACAACUGACAGCACAAUCAUUACGUGUACUCUACUCUGUUCAAAUCGAUAUUGUUAACGAUCGAAUCGCUCAGAAAUUUCAUAUUCGAAUGAUUUUGAAUGAUUCGAUCGCAAAACGGUAUCCGUUCUAGUUUUAAAUUUGUAAUUAGGACGAUGAUAAUGUAAUUAUAAGUUUUU